CACACGCACACACACACAGUAACUGCCGAUGCCAGAGCCUGCGCUCUCAGCUCAAGCCCUCUUAAAGCUGUUUUUCUGCUGGAGAUCAGCGAGAGCUAACGACACACAGCUGCCUCCGCGGAAGACAGAAGGACAAGAGGAGAACAGAAGGAGGCGAAACUAGGACAGGAAGGAGGAGAGGACAAGAGCACGGAGGAAACAAAACCAUCAGCAGCCGCUUAACUUCGGUCUCUGUGUCUCUCCGGCGGUCCGGUGCAGUCAUUCUUCUGCAGGGAGUGUUCUCCGCUGUAGUUCAGGACUUUUUUUUGUGAGACGGGGGUUGGAAAGGAAGAAGGGUUGGAGUUCACAUGACAUAAUCGGAGUGAAUGGGUUGCCAUGGUGACUCACCCAGGGAGCCUGACCUGUGCAGAGUGAAUGGAGGGAGCGCCUUGGAUGCCAAGUCAACGAUAAACUAAAAGAGGGAGAGGAGAGAGAGGGGAAGAGGAGAGCGAAGGAGCUGUGGAUAACAGAGGAGCGGAGCAGAGGUUGAGAAUGGAGGACGGGUUUUCCAGCUACAGCAGCUUGUAUGACACCUCAUCACUGCUACAGUUCUGCAACGAUGACAGUGCGUCGGCAGCCAGCAGUAUGGAGGUCACUGACCGCAUCGCCUCCCUGGAGCAGAGGGUCCAGAUGCAGGAGGACGAGAUUCAGCUGCUAAAGUCGGCUCUGGCCGACGUGGUGCGAAGGCUCAACAUGUCCGAGGAGCAGCAGGCCACGGGCUCACGCAGAGGACCCACCAAAGCCAGGCCAAUGAUUGCCACCCUGCCCUUACGGCCCACAGUAAACAACGGGGCCCUUCUACCAAAGAAAGGCAGCGGCACUCUGCCCUCCCCAUCUGGAUGCGGAUCGAGGAAGGACACCAGCACUGCAGCCAGCAAGAGCACUGUGAGGAGAGCCAACUCAAACGAACAUGUGGGAACUCUUACACGGAAAGAUUCGGGCGACUCCAAGGGCAACCGAACUCGUGCCGGAUCCACCGGCAGCAAUUCCAGCGGCAAAAGAAGUGACGGCAAACAGAGGGAUCCAGUGUUCAAUGCAGGGAUGCGACGUGUGACCCACUGCAAAGAGGAAGGUUAUGUGAAAAUGUUCUUGAAAGGUCGCCCCGUCACCAUGUACAUGCCCAAAGACCAGGUGGACCGCUACUGCCUGGAGGCCAGAGCCGACCUGCCCAGCAACAAACUCAAACUGGACUGGGUUUAUGGUUACCGCGGCCGAGACUGUCGCUCCAAUCUUUACCUGUUGCCCACUGGAGAAACGGUGUACUUCAUCGCCUCGGUGGUCGUCCUGUUCAACGUGGACGAGCAGCUGCAGCGACACUACACCGGACACACGGAUGACAUCAAAUGCCUGGCUGUCCACCCUGAUAAAAUUACCAUAGCAACCGGUCAGGUGGCGGGCACCUCUUCGGAUGGAAAACUGGCUCCUCAUGUGCGUGUGUGGGACUCUGUUAGCCUCAACACGCUCCAUGUUCUAGGUGCAGGCUUCUUUGACCGAGCUUUGGUCUGCCUUGCUUUCUCCAAGUCGAAUGGAGGGAAUACAUUGUGCGUCGUAGACGACUCCAAUGACCACGUCCUCUCUGUCUGGGACUGGCAGAGAGAGGACAGACUAGCCGAGGUCAAGUGCUCCAACGAGUCAGUGUUUGCUGCAGACUUUCACCCGACAGACAGCAACAUCGUAGUGACCUGCGGCAAAUCCCAUCUCUAUUUCUGGAAUCUGGAGAAAGGCGUGCUGGUGAAGAAGCAAGGACUGUUUGAGAAACAGGAGAAGCCUAAGUUUGUAUUGUGCGUGACCUUCGCAGAAAAUGGAGACGCCAUCACAGGAGACUCAAGUGGGAACAUCCUGGUGUGGGGAAAAGGCACUAAUCGCAUCAGCCACGUGAUCCAAGGAGCUCACGAAGGCAGCAUCUUUGCUCUGUGCAUGCUGAGGAACGGCACGCUGGUAUCUGGAGGUAAAGACCGCAGGCUCAUCUCUUGGGACGGUAGCUACCAGCAGAUUCAAACAGUGGAGGUGCCUGAGUUGUUUGGCCCAAUCAGGACCAUAGCAGAGGGCCGAGGGGAGACGGUGCUCAUUGGGACCACCAAACACUUUGUUUUGCAAGGCAGUUUGGAUGGAGAGUUCAUGCCUAUUACGCAGGGUCACACUGAUGAGUUGUGGGGUUUGGCGGUCCACCCCUGCAAGCCUCAGUUCCUCACUUGUGGCUAUGACAGGCAGGUCUGCCUGUGGGACUCAAGUUCCCAUCACCUCGUCUGGACCAAGAGUAUGGAAGAUGCUGCCCAAUCAGCAGGCUUCCACCCAUCUGGAGCUGUGGUUGCCAUAGGAACCCAGACUGGCAGGUGGCUGGUGCUGGACUCUGACUCUAAGGAUCUGGUCACAAUGCACACAGACGGGAAUGAACAGCUGUCUGUUGUGUGCUACGGGCCAGAUGGUAACUUCUUGGCCAUCGGUUCCCACGACAACUACAUCUAUAUCUACGCCGUGGCAGAAAACGGGAGGAAGUACAGCCGAGUGGGGAAGUGCUCGGGUCACUCUAGUUUCAUCACCCAUCUGGACUGGUCAGUGGACUCCCAGUACCUGGUGUCAAACUCAGGGGACUAUGAGAUACUGUAUUGGAUCCCAUCAGUGUGUAAACAGGUUGUCAGUGUGGAGACCACCAGAGACAUUGAGUGGGCCACCCACACCUGCACUCUGGGCUUCCAGGUCUUCGGCUUGUGGCCCGACGGCUCCGAUGGCACCGACAUCAACGCCGCCUGCAGGUCCAGUGAUAAAAGCCUUCUGGUUACCGGAGAUGACUUUGGGAAAGUCCACCUAUUCUCAUACCCAUGUUCCCAGUUCAGGGCUCCCAGCCAUGUGUAUGGUGGCCACAGCAGUCACGUGACCAACGUGACCUUCCUGUAUGACGACGGCUACCUGGUGUCAACUGGAGGGAAGGACAUGAGCGUGAUGCAGUGGAGGAUCGUCUGAGGGAGCCGGCAGAAACAGACACUGUUGUUUUAUUACUGCUGCCGGGGGCCUGAAACCCAGCCGGAGCAAACUGAACUGAACUGAGCUGAACUGCACUAAACUGAACCAAACCAAACUUUAAUUAACUCAUGAGCUAAAAAAGGUGGAUCUGCUGAACUGAAGUGAAUUGACAGAAGAGGAACUCAAGGUUUUCUUCCUGAUCUGCUCUCAGAUCCCAAAUGAGACAAACUGUUGGAGGUGUUUUAUGCAGUUGCUUGAAAUACAAAAAUCCUGAAUAUUUCACCUUUUCUUUUAUCACAAUACAUGUAAAAAAAAAAGAAGAAAGUCUCUCACAUACUGUAGCCAAGUCCCCAAUGAAACAAACAGAUCAAAUCAAACUAAACAGAACCAAAGGCUCUGACUUUCUGACUGCAUGUGCAGAGUUUCACUGUUCUUGUGUUGUGGACACUCACCACAGAUGAUGGACUGAAGGUUCAUCACUGCGCUGGAGAUCCAAGAGCAUUGGAACAAAAACUGUGUACGGAAAGAAAGAACAGAGGGAUUUUCUAAUUGUUGAACUUUUGUGUAUUUUGUAUUUAACAACUCAGGAAAACACUAGUAAAGCAGAACUCGUCUUUUAUUAACAUUCACAUAUCAGGACGAGCCCUAAACACAGCUCACUAAAACAUACAGAGAGGUAUCAACUACGGUUAAUAUCAGAUUCAACUGUUCAACCAUUAUUGAUUUAUUUGCAUUGACUAAUUCUGACUGAAAACUACCAAUACAGUCGUGAUGAUCAUUAGAUACAGCAAGGUUCAGCCAGAUGUGAUGUUAAUCACCAUUUGGAACGAUCAUCCUUUAAGGGCAAUGAACAUCAAUCAGUGAGUUAGGAUUUUAACUUUUGUUUUACACUACAAUAUCUGAACACGUUCUACGUUUUUGCUUCCAGGUUUUAAAAGAGGCACGUUUCCUAUUAUUUAUUGAUUUAAGAGUCAAAUCUUUCACUUCCAAUUUCAGUUCCUUUGAGUUUUUCCCUGAAAUACAUCCGUGUUUAGUCCCUUAUGUUUACAUUUACUAAGAGGCUUGGAGCAGCUAAUGAGCAAAAUGUAGCUGAUACAGUGUUUAAAGUGUUUUCCGAUCUUUGGAAUGGGUUCUUGUGUCUUGCCUUUGCCUCGAGGUGCAAGGAAAAUGAAAAGCAAGCAUGUUUUUUUUUUGUGUGUUUUUUUUUUUUUCAACAAUGUGAAUGAAGCCUUUUAAAAUCUGCAUAUAUCUGCAUUUUACUGCACCGGGAUCACUUUAGAAAGGAGAAGGAUGAGACCAUUACACUGUACCUGUUUACGUCUGAUGUGCUGCUGAGUUGUGCACCAUCAGUCACUGGCAAGUGAUUUAACUGAACUGAACCUUCUUGAGUGUUUUUUUUAUAUAAUGCACUGCUUCAGAAUGAAAAACAUACAGCAGGUCAAUUUACCUGCAUAAUAGAAAAGCAAAUUCCCAUUUAGUACUCACCGGAGCUUUUCACGACCCAAUAACGUCUGUUUUAAAUGUUCCCAGCUGCGUUCUGUCCGUAGGCCUACUGUACGUCACACCCCUCAUCUUACUGUCAACACUAAGCCAAUAUUACACACACAUGCAUGAAUACACCAGAUUAUUUUGACAGGGGUUCAGUGGCAGAUUUAUUAGACCAUAACUGCCACUGAUAGAGGCAUGUUGGUGUUGUUUUGAAAGCCUGGCUGAUGGCUGAUUGUUGGAGUUGUGUUAUCAGGAAAACCACUCAAAUCUAUCAGCAGUGAUAUAGUUAGCACUCUAAAACGAUCGCUUUACCAUUAAACACCUGGGGCUGCAGAAUACCAUUGAACCUUUAACCAUGUCUGAAA